AAACGGCGGACAUUUUUGCCGUAAAUGCAGCGGGAUUAGCCACUUAGCUUAGCUUCUUGCAAGUUGUUUUUUAUAGCAUCUCAUUCGCACAUGUAAACACAUCGCUGUAAUCUUAUGUGGCCCAAAAGGUUCGGAUAGAUGACGUAAUCCCUGAUUUAACUUGAUGUUUGGACCUGAAGUUGAACAUGUGGAUCCAGAGCAUCAGACGCUGCAUCCGGUCACAUUCAUGUUCGGGAGGCACCAGAGGAGUCUGCAGCCCAGCGGCUGAUGGGUCGGACCGGCUCCGUGUCCUGCUGCAGCUCUGCGCGGACAGAUUCUACAUCUCUCCCGGGGAAAGCAACGCGGAGCUUUUCCGGAGAGGCUGGAGCUGCAGCUACGGUCCGCUGGGCGUGGAGCUGCGGGGGAACCUGCUGCGGCAGUGGUGGCACUCAGUGACCGGGUCUAAGGAGCGGGUGUUCGGAUUGAGCACACCGAGCGGCAGCGCGGAGCAAAGAGCGGCUGGAGCCCGGCUGGUUGAAGCCGAACACGUCCAGCAGCUACUGGAUCGGUCCGAUUUAAACAGAGAUCAGCUGAUCCAGGAGCUGAGGGGGCUGCUGCUGAGCUCUCCAUCUGUGAGGAGAAGUUUACUUCAAGGUGCCUUGGAGAACUUUGUGUCUUCGCUGGAAAUGGUGAACAGAAAACUCCCAUUUGGCCUGGCAGAGAUGGGUCCGUGUUUCCAGCCUUCAGAUGGCUCUGGUUGGCCUGUGCUCCAGAGUCGAGAUGGCCGGAAGUCCGUCCCCCACGUCGUGUCUGUGAGCGGAAACAUUGACCGCGGCGUCUUGGCCUUCCUAUCCAACUCCCUCCAGCAGCUCAGAAGAGAGGACAGCAAAAAGAGGCUGCAGCAGAGGAAGGUUCUGAAGCUGCAUCCAGUGUUGGCUCCUGUCAAGGUGGCUUUAGACAUUGGGAAGGGAGCCACGGUGGAACUUAGACAGGUCUGCGAGGGCCUCCUGCAGGAGUUCCUGGAAGCUAAGAUCUCUGCUUGGCCUGGGUAUCUUGAAACUCUGCCAUCAUCAUUAGAGCAUCUGAAUGCAAAAUAUGACGAGAUGGGAGUUCUCUUCUCUGUGGUAAUCAAUGAAAACACCCUGGAGAGCGGCCUCCUGCAGGUCCGCAGCAGAGACACAACCAUCAGAGAGACGAUGCACAUUUCAGAAAUCAGACACUUUCUCUCCAAAUAUAUUACUGCUGCAGACAAACUCUGAAAAGAAAAAAAAAUAUCUGGAUCAUAAAGGACUUUUCUCUGCCUACAGCAUUGAGUCACACAAAUAAACCUUCUGUAACCCAAUUAGGAGAUGUUGGGAGUUUGGGAAUUUAUGUUUCACCGUUUUGGAUUCACUGGUAAAGGUAGGAAAGUGUGUUCGAAGUCUGAGCUUAGUUUUUAAUAUAUUACACAUUUUUUUCCUGUGUGGGAUCUAAUUUGGGCCGGAAAACCUUCAAUUUAGGUUUAUUUGAUUAAAAAUCGAGACAAUUUAUCCUUUUUUUAAAUCAACACAAUCCAACCUUAACAGGGAAUUAUUACAGAACAGAGUUUACCAGUAAGAUGACUGAAAAAUAUGCCAACUUUUCAUGAUGGUUGACCUGUAACUACUAGAAUAUUAUUGAACAGAUGACUAAACACAAAAAACACAAUGAACAGUUAAUUCCCUUGGGAGAAAAUUACGUUACAUUAACAAGGUUACAUGAAAGAAUAUGGCUUUUACCCAUUCAUUCAUUAAAGAUAUGGUGGUUAUUGUUUUAUAGCAAUAAAACCUUCAGUUAACUAAAUUAUCAGCUUAUUUUCCUUUUUUAAAUGGGUUUUUAAGCAUGA